CGAGUCUAUCGGGUCAUACCUUUAAAUAGCGAUAUAAACGAACGAACGCGUGCGACCUUUUCGACCUUUUCGCCAUUUGUUUAAUUGACCCUAAUAUACCAACUCUUCAUCGUCAUCGUCCGACCUUCAUUAGCCCGACAUCCAACAUCUUAAAUGCAUAUGACCAACGUCCUUGUCGAUCGGCUUUGACGGCUUAGUCCCCAAGUAUCUUCUGAAAAGGAGGGGGGGAAGAAAGAGAGAAACGGAUAGAGAGAUCUAUUUUUCUCAUAGCGUACAGGGAACCGAUUUGCCUAGACGCAGCUGGCAUAGGACCUCUUGAAAGGUUCUCCGGUAACCUCAAAAGAUGGGAAAUACUCACACGAAAGAUGCCAGGGGUGGCUCACGUAUAGGAGGUCAUGGGUCUCACAUGGAUUCUGGUGGGAGUUCCACUGGCGCCGGAUAUCAUGGGGAUCUACCUGAUCGAUCGAGGCGUGCUAGUCGGCCAGAACUAGGCGGCUUAACAUUACAGUUCGGCGCUUCGUCGAGCUCCCGUCACCAAGAUUCUCCUUUUGAGCACCGAGAGACAAAACAAGAGAAGGAAGCACGAAGGCUUGAAAGAGAACGAGUAGCACGACUCAAGGAACGCGAGCGUAGUAUGAGAGAGGAACAUAUUGAUGGGGGUUUUCUGGUUACGAUGGGCGUAUAUUCCGCCUCCGAGGACUUCAACAAGUCCGUAGUUCGUCAAUUGCAAAUCGAGAGAAGGAUAGCGCCUUUCUGGCGUGGCUUGGACGACUUCAACGAUAAUUGGGCUGAGCACCAAAUCAUCGCUGCGGCUCGUGGUCUCGAAAUUCCCCUCGCAGACGAAGUCCCUGAGAGUCUAAUUCCGCAGCCCAGGUCUGUCGAUUCGCCAGCUACUUCAACGCCGACUCUCACUGUCCCCAUGGGUCCUAGAACCCUCUCGAUCUCGUCUGAUAACCCUGCUUCCAAUCCUGGUUCGGCUUUACCAUCUCCCACCUCACCCGCUGCGCCAAGAACUAGCUCUCCUUUUAAACCCCAUAAGAAGUCUUUAGCUGCAGCUCUCAAUCUAUCUCGCAGUGGACCAAGUACGGAUAUCAUCACCCCUCGCGAGAUCAAUCUGCCUAAUGACCCGUUUGUCAACGGGCAACCUCUCGAAGUAUUCUUAUACAAAGAAGGUAUCGAGUGCCCGCUUUGCCUCAUGUACUAUCCGCCAUACUUGAACCGUACCCGGUGCUGCUGCCAGAUCAUCUGUAGCGAGUGUUUCGUGCAGAUCAAGCGUCCCGAUCCGCAUCUUCCCGAGCACCACGCAGAUGAGGAGGGUGUUCAAGCGCCCGCCAACCCGGAGGAGCGUGAAGGUGAGCUCAUCAUGGAGCCAGCCAAAUGUCCUUACUGUACUCAGACCGAGUUUGGCGUGACAUAUGAGCCUCCUCCUUUCCGCCGCGGCCUAACGUACGCAUUCAGCCCGUCGACAUUAGGUGCCAUGACCACGGCUAUGUCAUCUUCUAGCUCCCUUAAUUCGACCCUUUCUCCGACAUUAGCUACACCUUCCGCCAAUGCUAAUCGCCGACGGGCACAGAGUGUGUCUGCCAACGCGCCCGGGGUUAUCACCACCGACCGCAUCCGACCCGAUUGGUCUACUAAGCUAGCCGCGGCUCGUGCACAGCAGCGUCGAAGAGCAGCAGCUGCAGAUGCACUACAUCAUGCCGCUUUCGUAAUGGGGAAUCAGGAAUCACGUACAAUUUUUGGCCGAUCUUCCCGUUUCAGCCGUAGAAAUACGGGGGGGCAUCGGGGUAACGAGAGUCCAGGCAACGGCUCUAGUCUACAGCCAAACGACGGCGGGGCCGAUAUUGCCUCUGCUCCUGAUCCAGGUGCUCGCACCACCUCCAGCCGAGCUGGUCCGAGCCGGGAACGAAUAGAUGCAGCACAUCUCGAGAGCCUCAUGAUGGCUGAAGCGAUAAGAUUGAGCUUGGCGGACGAGGAAGAGCGACGGAAGAAGGCCGAGAAAGAAGCUCGAAAAGAAGCUAAGAAGCGCGAGAAGGAGGACCGGAAAGCCUCUAAAAAGAAGGGUGAUGUGUAUGGUGGUAGCGGCGGCGGUAGUAGCGCGAGCGCGAGUUCCCUUAGUCUAGGACUCGGGCGAAGACGUGGCAAUAGUGCCGCCAGCAACCUGCGCAUAGAAGCUAGCGUGACCGCUGCCAGCAGUACCACCGCAGGCCAAGCCGGCGACCAACUGACGGACCCAUCUUCCGUGCCGGCCUCAACCUCGGCUCUGAUGUCUAGCAACAAGGGGAAGGCCAUUGACCGCAAUGAUAAUGAAGAGGGUCAAAAAAGCGGUUCCGGUGUUGCAUCACUACCAAUUCCUGUAUCAUCGCAGCCGGCGCGAGGAUCGUCCCAUCUUCGCCAGAUGAGCAACGCCAGCUCUGUCAGCUCUAGCGGACUCGAUAGUAUGCCGGGCAGUUAUACUGGCAAGAACCCAGGUGCCGAUUCCGAAGAUCCGCGAUCAAGCGGUCUUAGCAUAGCCGCCCGUAGCGAAGAGGGUGAUAGUACGAAUUCGGAACCCAUGUUUAAUUUUAGGAGUCUAGCAGAGAUGGUUGGCGUUCCCAUAGACGGGGAAGCCCAGUCACCUAAUAGCGAGGAUAUGAGUCCGGGCAGUAAACCGGCGGACGCCGAGGAGGCUCACGGCGAGCAUGUAGAACAUGCCACAGAUCCUGUUGGGAACGGAGAGAAUAGCAAAGAGGAAUUGACCGGGCAGGAGACUCAAGAGGUUCAGGGGGGCAUUUAUAGGUCAGGAGAAAAGGGCGAAGACGGCACCUCACGACCACCACAACUCAUGGUCACGCCCGACACUCCAGCGCCUGCUGAUGGCGAUGAAGAGGAUUCCAAGCGACUUGGGCACGUCGAUCUGGCAGAGAGAUCACACGAAGUCACUCAAUAAGCUUUCCCCGUUUCCUCGCUGUUUUUUAUACCCUGUAGGUAGUUUGGUAAAGGGGAGAUACUGGGUCUAAAGGUUCAUGAU